GAAUACCCGGCUAGGGACACGAGAGACAGGAAUCGGGGUUUCUGGGUGACGGUGAUCUCGGGGUGGGCAGGACUCCAAAGGCCCGUCGACCCGGUGGUGGACUCCUUGCACUGGGAUUGGACAUAUGCAAGCGGGAGAUUUGGGGCCGGCGCUCAAAAUCGGGGGGCGGGGGUGGACUCGGGUUUGGACCCCAGGAUCCGAUCAGCGGACCCCUGAUUCAACGUGGGCUCCAGCGUGACAUGGCUGAAGCGCACCAGGCCGUGGGCUUCCGACCCUCGCUGACCUCGGACGGGGCUGAAGUGGAACUCAGUGCCCCUGUGCUGCAGGAGAUCUACCUCUCUGGCCUGCGCUCCUGGAAAAGGCAUCUCUCACGUUUCUGGAAUGACUUUCUCACCGGUGUGUCUCCUGCCAGCCCCCUCAGUUGGCUUUUCCUCUUCAGUGCCAUCCAGCUUGCCUGGUUCCUCCAGCUGGAUCCUUCCUUAGGACUGAUGGAGAAGAUCAAAGAGUUGCUGCCUGACUGGGGUGGACAACACCACGGGCUCCGGGGGGUCCUGGCAGCCGCGCUGUUUGCCUCGUGUUUGUGGGGAGCCCUGAUCUUCACACUGCACGUGGCCCUGAGGCUGCUUCUGUCCUACCACGGCUGGCUUCUUGAGCCCCACGGAGCCAUGUCCUCCCCCACCAAGACCUGGCUGGCCCUGGUCCGCAUCUUCUCUGGCCGCCACCCGAUGCUGUUCAGUUACCAGCGCUCCCUGCCACGCCAGCCCGUGCCCUCUGUGCAGGACACCGUGCGCAAGUACCUGGAGUCGGUCCGGCCCGUCCUCUCAGACGAGGACUUCGACUGGACCGCGGUCCUGGCGCAGGAAUUCCUGAGGCUGCAGGCGUCGCUGCUGCAGUGGUACCUGCGGCUCAAGUCCUGGUGGGCGUCCAAUUAUGUCAGUGACUGGUGGGAGGAAUUUGUGUACCUGCGCUCCCGAAAUCCGCUGAUGGUGAACAGCAAUUAUUACAUGAUGGACUUCCUGUAUGUCACACCCACACCUCUGCAGGCAGCUCGCGCUGGGAAUGCCGUCCAUGCCCUCCUCCUGUACCGCCACCGCCUGAACCGCCAGGAGAUACCCCCGACUUUGCUGAUGGGAAUGCGCCCCUUAUGCUCUGCCCAGUACGAGAAGAUCUUCAACACCACGCGGAUUCCAGGGGUCCAAAAAGACUACAUCCGCCACCUCCAUGACAGCCAACACGUGGCUGUCUUCCACCGGGGCCGAUUCUUCCGCAUGGGGACCCACUCCCGAAACAGCCUGCUUUCCCCGAGGGCCCUGGAGCAGCAGUUUCAGAGAAUCCUGGAUGAUCCCUCACCGGCCUGCCCCCACGAGGAACAUCUGGCAGCUCUGACAGCUGCUCCCAGGGGCACGUGGGCCCAGGUGCGGACAUCCCUGAAGACCCAGGCAGCGGAGGCCCUGGAGGCGGUGGAAGGGGCCGCUUUCUUUGUGUCACUGGAUGCUGAGCCCGCGGGGCUCACCAGGGAGGACCCGGCAGCAUCGUUGGAUGCCUACGCCCAUGCUCUGCUGGCCGGCCGGGGCCAUGACCGCUGGUUUGACAAAUCCUUCACCCUAAUCGUCUUCUCUAACGGGAAGCUGGGCCUCAGCGUGGAGCACUCCUGGGCCGACUGCCCCAUCUCAGGACACAUGUGGGAGUUCACUCUGGCUACAGAAUGCUUUCAGCUGGGCUACUCAACAGACGGCCACUGCAAGGGGCACCCGGACCCCACACUACCCCAGCCCCAGCGGCUGCAAUGGGACCUUCCAGACCAGAUCCACUCCUCCAUCUCUCUAGCCCUGAGGGGAGCCAAGAUCUUGUCUGAAAAUGUCGACUGCCAUGUCGUUCCAUUCUCCCUAUUUGGCAAGAGCUUCAUCCGACGCUGCCACCUCUCUUCAGACAGCUUCAUCCAGAUCGCCUUGCAACUGGCCCACUUCCGGGACAGGGGUCAAUUCUGCCUGACUUAUGAGUCGGCCAUGACUCGCUUAUUCCUGGAAGGCCGGACGGAGACGGUGCGGUCUUGCACGAGGGAGGCCUGCAACUUUGUGAGGGCCAUGGAGGACAAAGAGAAGACGGACCCACAGUGCCUCGCCCUGUUCCGCGUGGCAGUGGACAAGCACCAGGCUCUGCUGAAGGCAGCCAUGAGCGGGCAGGGAGUCGACCGCCACCUCUUUGCGCUGUACAUCGUGUCCCGAUUCCUCCACCUGCAGUCACCCUUCCUGACCCAGGUCCAUUCGGAGCAGUGGCAGCUGUCCACCAGCCAGAUCCCUGUUCAGCAAAUGCAUCUGUUUGACGUCCACAAUUACCCGGACUAUGUUUCCUCAGGCGGUGGAUUCGGGCCUGCUGAUGACCAUGGUUAUGGUGUUUCUUAUAUCUUCAUGGGGGAUGGAAUGAUCACCUUCCACAUCUCCAGCAAAAAAUCAAGCACAAAAACGGAUUCCCACAGGCUGGGGCAGCACAUUGAGGACGCACUGCUGGAUGUGGCCUCCCUGUUCCAGGCGGGACAGCAUUUUAAGCGCCGGUUCAGAGGGUCAGGGAAGGAGAACUCCAGGCACAGGUGUGGAUUUCUCUCCCGCCAGACUGGGGCCUCCAAGGCCUCAAUGACAUCCACCGACUUCUGACUCCUUCCACCAGGCAGCUGGCCUCUCCGAGGAAUAAGGGUGAAAUUGCCACAGCUGGCUGACACAGGACAGGGGCAACUGGUUUGGCAACCCCAUAUCCAGGCCAAUAAAGAUAUGUGAGCUGGG